AAUACAUGUAGUUUUCUUCUAGUAAGGAAAGUUAAUAUUUGCUAACCUUAUAUGAAAUGUGCAGAAGAAAUGUUAUAAAUUAAUCAUAAAAAGGCGAACUCAAAGGUAACUUUAUCUUAGUGAUUUAACAGAUUUGCUAAUUUAAGGUGACAGAAAAACUUAGGAAAUUCUGCAGAUUUAUCAGAAAAAUGAAAAUAAAUAGGAGUUAGAGAAAGGCAUCCUUGAUUUAUUGGGUAAGCUCUCCAAAGACAUUAUCUAGAUCAAUCUGAUGGGUCUUUUUCAGUUUACAGUAUUCCAUCUUAAUAUAAAUCUAGAAGACCAAAGCCAGUGUAAGUGAAAUCGCUUGAGAAAAAUUGGUAAUUAAUAAAAAUAAUGAAGGGCAUGCAAAUCUCAAGAUUCUCUUAAAUAAAAACCAACGAUGUAGGAAGAGUUGAAUAAACUUAGCAAAGUUUUAAAAGAAAGAUAUUCUUUCAAUCAUCUCGAAUUGCAAUAAUCAAAAAAUUAAGGCAAAAGAUUAUCUGAAAAUUUCUAUAUAGAAUCAGUUAACACAGGAUUUUGA